AUGUGUAAAGAAGUUGAGCUAUUAGAUCUAAUUAAAAAGAUAAAAACAAAAACAGACAAAAUUACAAAUGAUAUAGAAGACUUCAAUUUCGAUUUAUUAGAAGAAAAUAAUUUUUCCUACAAUAUAUACUCAGUUACAGAAUUGAUACGUAAUAGCAAUAUAAAGGAAAAAGAGCUAGGCAAAUACAUAGAUGUUUAUAAUAACUUUGAACAUGAAAUAAGUUACUACUUUAAUGAAGAAACUGAAAAAAUAAUAUAUUCAUCUAUUAUUAAUAAUACUGAUAAACCCUUUACAAAGCCCCAAAACAACAUAUUCUAUUCAUCUUCGAAUAUAAUAAAUCAAAAAUUAAACUAUGAAAUGCUAGAGUAUAAUAAAUUGAGAAAUUAUGAAUAUAAUGUAAAAUUUUUUAAGCCUUUAAAACUUGAUAUUAAAGAAAAUUUUUCAGAUUCUUCAAAGAGUUCAAAUAAAGAGAACAAAAAUAAAGAAAAUAAUUUAAAAGACAUAACAAAAAUAAUUAAAUCAUAUAUUUAA